GAAGAAAUUCUGCCUGAAGCGGAUACUCAUCUUAUUAUUACGUCCUUUAGAAACUUAAAAUACGUGAACAUUCUCUCCGGGACUUAAUUUUGAUUGGAUGAGGCACAUUGCUGCGUAUUUCCGACGGCGACCGGCCUAUACCUGGAAUCUAUAACCUCAUUGUUCACAUGACAAUUCAUCUAUCAUACAUGUAUCUAUAUAAUUACACAAUGAGAGAAUAAUCAAGCGCUUUACAUACAUAAGUAUAACCAUAAUUCGUUAUUAACACGGUAAAAUUGUUGAACAGAACCAGAACAACAAUCACAAUUUCUAUACAACGUAUACAACACUUUCCUCAUUAAUUUUGCAUAUAUCGCCAAAGAUAACUUCCGCAGAUAUUCCACCUUACACUUUGAAACAGAUCAGUAAUUAUAUCAGAACAUAAUUGAAUAUCUACAGAAAUUUUACCGAAAAAUACUAAUAUUACAAUGAGUGAACAUAAUCUUUCUUCAACUAAACAGCUAGUUCCCGCGAGCCCACCAGUGAGUCUCGUUUCCGGCAAGACUCGUCACAAUACACGACCGUUUUCUCUUCCCUCAGAAGCAACUUGAAGAACGUGCAUUUCAAGUGCGCCACCUCUCGCCAUCUCUUUCACGGCUGUUAUCUUGACCGAGUGGGAAUCGUCACAGUUUGGUCGUGAAAACUUGCGAGUACCGAAAAUUUCGUUUCAAGGUCGCAUUGUUUUGAAAAAAACUAGCGCUGCUAUGUUUCCGCGAUAUAGAUGGAGCGAUGGGGCUGUAAUGCGAUUUGUUAAUUUGUAUAAAAAUGAACCCGUUUUGUGGGAUGCAACGCACGAAAAUUACAAAAGCAAAGCAGCAAGAGUAGAUGCCUUGAAGAGAAUAGCGAGUGUGAUGAAUAUGAAGGAUUUCGGAAUAAAUGAGUGUAGAUACAAAAUCAAGAAUCUUCGAACUCAUUACUGUCAAGAACUGGCUAAAAUUCGUAAUACUACCGCCACGGCUACCUCUCCUAGUCAAAUAUACAAGCCUACAUUAGUGUGGUUCUCAACAAUGGACGAGUUCUUGCGGCCCUUCGUUAUAAUGUCUUCUAACGCUGACCCUUCGGUUCGAAAACAAAACGUUAUCAAAACAGACAUCCAAGAAGGUGUUCAUUAUGUUGAAUUCAGCGAUUCACAGUGGGGCAGUAUGGAAGGCCAAGAUAUUACUGAACAAGACAUGGAAGGUCAUCCAAUGAAUGAGGGAAUGGAAAAUGAGAUUGUAAAUCAGGAAGGUGAAGCGAAUUCGUAUGAUAAGAAUGAGGAGGAACAUUCUUUUACACAAAAACUAGAAAAUAGUUCAUUUAACCAAGAAAGUGGCCAUUCAUCACAUCGAAUGACUGAGAGGAAACGAAAGUCCAUCAACGCACCAAUCUAUGUAGGUCAAAGAAUGCAUGACCCUGAUCAGUUCUUAGAUUCUAGAAUAGAUAUCCCUGAAACAGAGUUUGACUUAUGGGCAAGAAGUUUGGCCAUCCAGUUAAACUCAAUGGAGGUCACAAGAGCUCUUGAGCUGCAACUGAAAAUCCAGACCCUUGUUUCUCAAGAAAGACUGGCGUAUGAACGAAAAAAAGUGAAGGUGCAUUAUACACCAAGUGUUCCUGAAUUCCCCAACAUGAAUCAGUGUUCAUCUUUGCAUCAAACAUAAUUUACAUUGAUGUUGAAUCUCAUGAAUAUUUGUAAUACAUGUUAAGAUGAAGACUAAUUAUGAUUUCUUUAGGAGGAAAAAUGUACAGUAAAAUCAGUGUAAACCGGAACCUGUUCAAGCCGGAAAUCUGCCUUUACAAAACUUCCUCUGACCCGUGAAGUUAUAUGAUAUUUUACACAACAUAAAAUGGAAUCUGUCCAAUGCGGAAACGGAACUGUUUUUCAUGUACUAUAGGGGGAAAAUAUUUAUAAAACGCGAAUUCCUGCGAAUUUAAUGCGAUUGGUAGAGACGCGAGAUAUUCUUAUUGGAAUGCUUAUGUAAGUCUGUUUUAAAUUCUUUAUCCCACUCUAUUUUUUCGUGGCAACCGCUUUGUGAAUGAGAGGGGCUUCAGCUGACAGCACAGAAUUUUACCUUGGGAUCACUUGUCUCUCAAGACGUAGGUCGUAGGGGAAUUCCCUCCCCCUCCUCUCCGAGCGUGGGAAGGUGUACGCGCAUUGCCUGUAUUCGCGCCUCUCCCUCCCCACGUUCAAAAUCUAAUCCCUCGGUUAGAGACGCAUUGCUCAAGGCCAUGGAAGGGUAUCAGAAAAUCAUAGUUCAUAGUAGACCGACUUCAGCCAAGAGGCAGUUGGGUGGUGUGCAUUUUUGAGUUUCACAACCAGUUUAACAGCGCGAAAAGCGUUAAACUCUAGCAUUCUCUAACAUUAGGUGAAAAGGUCAAACUUAUGGAAGAAAGGGAAAUUCAGAAGCUGUCUGAAAAUAAUGUUUAAUUUUCAUUUAUUGGUGAUCUCCUCCAUAAAUAUGUUAUGUAUAAAUCUUUUUUAUUAAUCAUAAUAAAAUCAAAUAAUUUUUAUUUUACAUUAAGUACUUCUUUACUUACAUUAAUUUACAAGUUUCAGAAUGGAAACAUCAAUGUUACAAGUGUCGUUAAAUGGGUAACUCUGCAACUCUGAAACCUCCCUAAACUGGAACUAUUUUGUUCCAAUCGAUUCCGGUUUGAACAGAUUUUACGGUAUUAAGUAUGUUUAUACCAGUUGAAUCUGCAAAACAUUAAUAUAUUGAGAGAGCAAUAUUUAAUAUAGAACUCAUAUGUGUCAAAAUAAUAUUAUAAGAACAUUUGUGACAAGUACAUUAAUUACUAGAGAUAUCUUUGUAGAUUACAUUAUAUGUGAAUAAUUUCAUUUCCAUUUUUUACAUCUGAAUACAUUACUAUGGUAUUUAAAAUGAAGAGUAUGUAAAUAUGAGACUGUGUAGUUUGAACCCUUAAAGUUUAGCAAAAUAUUUUGUGGGAGAGAAAUUUUUCAGGUAGUAUAAUAUGAAGUCACUACCAGUAAAUGUAUAAAAUACAUAACAUAUAAAGAGGAAAACAAUAAUAACUAUUUAUUUUGAACAAUUUUUAUAAAUUAAAUGGAAUUGAAGCUUAACAAAUGAAAUGAUAUUGACCACAAUAUUGAGAGAGCACAAUAUGAGCAUGAUUUUAUUCAAUAUAUCAUUAAAUCAUGUCUAAACUAAUUCCGGUUGUGGUCAAGAUUAUUUCACGUAUUCACCUUCAACAUGAUUAUGUACCAGAAGAUCUUGGCUGAAACUACAAAUUUAUCAAAUGGAAUUCUAAUUAUCUGCUUAAAAUGCAUAGAGAUGCUUAUGUAAAAUAAGUAUGUAUUAUAAGAAAAUGUAUUUGAAAAUAAAAUUAAUUGAAACAUCUUUUACAGUAACAUCUUAAGUUGUAUUACUAGUGCAUAUUAAACAAAAAUUUGGUUUUUGUGUAUGCUGUGGUUGAGUACUUAUAAGGUAAAUUUUAGGGUAGAACUUGGAUGUAUGAGACUUGUAUUUUUUCUCUUGUGCUUCUUUGUACUGAAAAAAUUAAACUUGUAAGUGUAGCC